UUUUCACGCACCGUUCGAGAUUGCUCCGACACCAGCUGGUCCGUGCGCCUCAUCCUGGCACGGGCCAUUGGCAAAAUCGCGAUGGCGCUGCACAUGACCGACGACGGCGUCGCCGCCGCGUACGCAUCGGCGCUGCACAGCCUCGCGAGCGCGACCGGUGCCCACUGCGUGUCCCAGACGCUGCAGCCGCCCGAUGAGGUGCCGGGCCUCGACGUCGAUGGGCUCGAGAGCCCGAUCGCGUGGCCGCUCUACACGGACGAGCGCGACGUGCUCAUGGAGCUCUUCCACGGCGACGACCACGCGUGCGUCGUUGUGCCAUCGGCGCAAGCCACGUUCAGCGACGAUAUGGACGAGCCGCUUCUCGACGCAAUCGCACACGACGUCCGGAAGCGCCUUGGCAUCCGCUCGGCGUUCAGCGCCGAGCUGUCGCACCUCGUGCUCGAGAGCAGCGGCGUCACAUCGACCAGCCAUCUGCUCGCGCGCAACCCGAGCGAGUCGUCGUUCGGCACGCUGCUGCUGCUCGCGCCGGCCAUCGACCGCCACGCGGGCGGCGACGUCACGGUCACGGGCGCGCGCGACGCCAUCACGUGGUCGACCUCUGCCGAGCACAUGCGCUGGAGCUACUGCGCGUUCCUCAACACAUCGAGUGUGACCAUGACUUCAUUAAGCGACGGCCACCGGGCGCUGCUUGUUUUCGACUUGGUCUACGACGCCGCCGAGCCCGGAACGAACCAUAGCCUGAGCGUGCACGACGCACUGCUGUCGGCCGCGCGUUGCCCGCGCCAGCGCUACACGGCUGCGCUCUACAGCUGCAGCCAUCGGCCAACGACACCGCUCUCGUUCGACGCGCUGCGCUCGGCGGACCGGGCAUUUCUCCAUGCUGUGCUCGCCACGUCCGCCUUUGACGUCGCGCUGGUCCGCGCCACGCCGUCUCUCGACGACGCCUUUGACGCGUACUUGCUUGGCGACGACGAUAUGCCGAUUGAGAUUGCAGAGGCUCUCUUUGUGCCAGACGCCGACGUGCCAACGGCGGUGCAACGGGCCUUUUGCCAAGCCCCGCUCGUCGGCCUCGCCGUCAACGAGUCGCGCCGCCGGUCGCCCGACUACCUCGUACUCUGGCCCAAACAACACCGAUGGCGCAUCCGUGGUUUCCAAGCAACGCUCACCGCGCUGCAGUCGUCGGUGCCGUCAGAGGUGGACGCUAUCGCGUUGGCUGCGAUCGACGCCUUUGCCGCCAUCGACGUCGUCCACACGCACCCAUUUGACUUGCCGUCGCCAACGACCCUCGGCGCCGCGCUGGUCGCCCUCAACCGCCUGCCGCUCAUUCAGGCUUUUCUGCGCGAUGCCGUCGACUUGAGCGACGUCUACUACUUUGAUGCGAUGGUGCACUGGAUCACUCACGUGCUGCAGACCUAUGGCUGGCCACAACUGUACGACGCAUUGCUGCACCUGCUCUCUCGCGCCGGCGCCACGUGGUGUGGCGCAGCCAAGGGCGCCGAGCUUCUCUCGCAUCUUGCUACAUCGCUGCGCACGCAGCCGUUUGCGCGCGAGUGUCUUCUCGAGAGCUGGCACGCUCUAUUGCAAGCGCUCCUGUCGAUGCCCGAAGCACCGCUGACGCCUACGUCGGUGCCGCCCGCGCUCCUCACCCACGGUCUCGUAUUGGAAGCGUCCUUUCACUCGACGUCCGAGACAGUCGAGACAUCGUGGCUCGGCGCCAAACUGCCGCCAAGUCUUGUGCGCCACGUGGAUGCGUACCGCGCAUCGACGUUGGAGACGCUGCUGGCAACGUACCCGACCGCGUUCCACCCGAUUCGGGGCGUCGCUCUCGCGAUCGACCCGCUGUUGCCCGCGACAAGGAGUGACGACACGAGCUUGCAUCUGCGGCCGUGGCUGCGGAAUGUCUUUGCGACGUUUCCAAGCUGCUUGGACCGUCUCCACGGCAUCCUUGACGACGCCGUGCUCGCUGCGCUCGUUCGUGUCGCUCGAGCUGCAAAUGCGCUGCCGCUUUUGCUGCAGCACGCGCAAUCGUGGCUCGGGCGGUUUGUGUUGCCAGCUCUGGUGCAGCUCCUCGACGACCCGCCGACGUUGGCACUGAUCCGUGACCCGCUGUUGACGCUCGUCAACGCCUUCUUGGCCGAGGACCAGGACCCGGACUUGGACGGUGAUGACGAGAUGCGCGAAAACCCGCCCGACGUCAUUGAAAUGCUUUUGCGGGACGAACUUGCAGUGCUACGGGCCAUGCUGUUGCUCCUGCGCCGUCUCGACGGCCCUUUGGACGUGUGGCGACGCGCUCUGACGUCGCAUCGUCAGCUCCAUGACGUUGCGUUUGCUCGGUAUGUCCUUGUGCCGCUCCAUGAGCUCGUGCACGACGACGACAUCGAUCUCGCAGCAUGGCUGGCGACAUUGGCGCGGCCCGUGCUCCAGCGCCAUCUGGCCAACGAAGUGCUGCCAAAUCGGCCCAACUGGAGCAUCACUAGCGUGCAGUUGCCGUGCGACUGCGUCCAGUGCAGUGCGAUCACGGCCUUCCUCUCGGACGCGACGCGGUCGCUACUCCGCUUGCCCCAGCAGGGUCUUUGCCCCUUGUACGGCGCCGCCGAGAAGCUCUUGUUGCCCGCCGGCGUCGCGAUCGACGACAGCCCGACGGGGUCCCACGUCGUGCUGCUAAAGCCACGUCACUGGACCUUCUACGAGCACGCUCUGGACGAAGCCGGGCUUGCCGCGUUGGACGACGACGACCGCCACGCAGCCAAGCGCCAGCGCCGCUUGUCGCCGCGGUCGGCUUGAACUUGUUACAAUAUAGAUGCAUUGCUAGUACCUAACCCUUUUGUUGAUUGUUG